AUGGAAGAAGAGCGACUCUGGAAAUUUCGACGGCCUGAGUGGCUUAACACCGUCUGGGCCCGCAACGCUGGAGUUUACGGCGCAGGAGCUAUUUUCUCCAUCGCCUUCUACAUUAUGCUCGAUUCCGCCGUUUGGUCCAAAUCUCCGCACAACGGCUCCGAUAUCCAUGUCAAGUUUGUUGACUGGCUACCUUUCAUCUUCUCCAGCUUGGGCAUGCUGAUUAUCAACUCGGUCGAGAAACAACGCUUGAGCGCCGAUUCCUUCAGUUAUAGUGGAAACGGGGUAGCUUGGAAGGCUCGCGUCGUCUUGUUCCUUGGAUUCGCUGCUCUUGCUGGUGGAAUGGCUGGCGGUGUAACCGUCUUUGUUCUCAAGUUUGUUGUCCCCAGUGUUUCCAUGCCUGCUCUGGGUAUGGGCAUUGAGAACGUGGUCAGCAACGCUCUGGUGGGCGUGAGCUCCGUCGUCCUUUGGGUCAGCCAGAACAUGGAAGACGAGUACUCCUACAACCUUUCCCUGUAG